AUGGCAUCUAAUCUUGGUGGCACUGUCACUGAUGGCAUAAAGGAUGUAUCUGCCCUUCUUCCACUUCUGGGCACCGAACAGUGCGAGGAACACGUAGGCUCGGCUCUCGUUGGUGGCUUCCUCUAUGCCGCCGUCGCUCCACUCUCCCUCUUUGGUAGCCUGGGGAUCGCCCGCGCCGGGGGGAAGGCCCUCAUGGCUUGCAUCCGCAUCAGGACGUUCAUGGGUGCAAAAUUGCUGCGAGACGCGGGGUUUGCGCCGGUUGGGAAGGCACUGUCACAGAUUAUGUGGGAUGGCGAGCGCCAUGUUGCUGAGAAACAGCUGACCGAAAUGCUCGAGAAGCUGCACAUCACCGACAUGGAGAAGCUGUCCGUGGAGGAAAACAGAAGGAAUUGGAAUCUGCGGUUGCUGUGUUGUUUACUUCCCGUGGCCGUUGCAAGUACAAUGCCUUACAUCUACUUCAUCAGGAACGACCAUACCGACGCGAAGUACGCGCGAUGGUUAUACCCGCUUGUGAGGUCCAUUGGUGGUUGCCUCACAGCCACUAUGGUCCAACUCAUCAUACAGACGCGUCUUUUGGAGAUCAUCAAAAAUCGACUUGUUUUUCUCAGGCUUGAUGCUAUCGUCAAACGCGACAACAUUAAUCCGCCCGAUUGGUGGGACGCUAAAAAUUCGUCAGAGGUCACCCUAUAUCAGCUCUUUGCGAAGAAAUAUCGCGGCGUCCCAGGCUCAGAGGCCGAGAAACUGUGGAAGGCGUUAGAGCACAGUCUGACGAAGGCAGACAAAACCCUGAAGGCCCAGCCCAAUGUUUCUCAACAGAACCAGGACCCAGAGGCGGGCACACCGGCGCUACCGAACCACCCAGUUGUCCAAGAAAAAUACAGGCCCUUCACAACCCCAAGCUAUUUCCACUGUAUGUACAUAUUCCUCGUCAUCUGUGGCAUAGGGCUCUCGAUUGUGGGAUACAUCGGAUCCUUCACCAUUGUCUCGAACGACGGCAAGACCAACACGAAUUCGAAAGGGCCCCUAAUCUGGCUCGGGGCUGAGAUUGCACUCUCCCUUUUGCGCAUGUUGAUAUGGUCCUUGAACCCGCCGUUCGACGAGAAUACCGGCCUCACCUUCAAACUCAAACUCCAAAAAAAUAACCCCUUGCCAACAUGUAAUAAAUUCAGUGAAGAACUAGAGGCGAAUGGUGUUAUCCCGCUGGCUCGAUCAGCCGAAUUCCUUGGUCAGAUCACAUCAUUCGUGGGCUUGCUAGAGCUGUUCGAAAGCGUUGAUGAUGGGGUCGCUCUGUACUACACGAUGUCAGCCCAACGAGAGCCGAUGCCAACCGAGCAAGAGCCGGCGCCAACCGAACAUCAGCGGGUUCUUUAUAUCACAAUUUACGAAUACACGGAAAAUAUUACGCACUCAUUCACACUCGUCUACUUGCCUUCCUCUAACCAGGCAAAGACUUGUUACAAUUCCACAAUAGAGGUGCAAGACAGCGGCGACAACGUCAAAAGCAAUAGUGAAGACAAUGUUGGCCGGUUAUGCGCACGGUUGCGCGGGAAGGUGUCGAUGGCAAGCAACCACAUAACCAAUAAUAAGGCAUUCGUCAAGAAGCUCGACGACCACUGCGCCUCCAUCUUCAGUCAGCUGCAAAACAGGGCGGGACGUGACACCCCGGAGACUCAGAUCACAAUGACAUGGGCGCUGACGGAACCACCUAAAGGCGGGGUCAAGUCUGAUACUCGCGGUGGGAGUCCACCGUCGGUGGAUGAACUGGCGUAUCUUCGCGUGGGUGAGCUCGAGCGGUCUAAACGGAACUUCUGCUCAAGCAGGAGGACGUGGAUGGAUGCGCGCAUUGCUUUCUUAAAAAAGCAAAAAUACACACACCCAAUGGGCACGCCAGAACACGCGGCUGCAAAGUACCUUAUGUUGUACGAGUGGCAAUUCCUAGAGCAGAUGCUCGUAUACGAAAGCAGGGAACUCGAAAUCAUACUGCUGUCAAGCAGCAAGACGAUGAUCUUACGGCUGCAACAACGUCCAGAAGGUCGAAACCUAGAUGCAGUGGCAAAGGAACAGAUAUCCGAGGCUAUGCGCAGGGUUAAAGACGAACAGGCGCACGCGAAUGAAAGGCUCAAACAGCUUGACGGGGAGAUGGGAAGCUGGAUUACCGACUAUUGGGGCCUCACGGAUGAUUCGCUGGAAGCAUGUAUGCCGAUGUUCUCAAACCCCAUCCGGCGACUAUGGAAGCAGUUCAUUGACGAUAUGGAGGGUCACAAAGAAAAUGCUCUAGAAGAAAAUAGCCCUCCGGCCCUCCCUGAAUCUGAAUACAACCCUUUCCUGACAAAGACCUUGGCUGCACUUUUCGGCGUCUUCGCAUCGUCGAACUCGCCGACUGAAAAAUGGGACGCGAAACAGAGUAAGUUCGGGAGCGCUGAACAGGCCAAUGCGGCCCAACGGGACACUAUGAUCGGACAGCUGGGCGUGGACGUUCAAACGAUGGAGGAAUGGCUGGAGCUGUUCAUCCCGGCUGUGCAUGUUGCUCUUGAACACCGCGACCUCCUCUGCGCGUAUGAUGAUGUUCUCCGUGGAUGCACUAAUUUAGGGUCUGGCACUCAGCAGGUACGUCAAACCUCCUCCUAA